AUGUCUCAAGGCUGGAAUCAACCGCCAGGCCACCCCAGGACAGGGAGCUCUGGAGAUGGUAAUAGGAUAGCUGGGCAACAAACGAGCAGUGUAGCCGGUUCUGGAUCGGUUUUAGAUUCGAAGGUUGCUGGAAGUAAUGGACAACUGGAACAGCAAGCUCCAUUCGUAUUGCCCUCGAUCUCUGGACUGAACGGAGGCGGCUAUGGUGAAUAUGGGGUUGGUGGUCAGCGAUUACCCUCGAUGCAGAGUCCUCUGGGGCAGACUGGUCAAUCUAGCACGAAGGGCUUUUCAGUUGCAAGCUUGAACAACCCCUUGCUGACCCAGCCGCAGCAGCAACAGCAACAGCAGCAACCACAACAACAGCAACAACAACAGCAACAACAACAGCAACAACAGCAACAACAACAAACGCCUCAGAUGGUUCCUGCUGAACAUCCGCAUGAUCCUUCGUAUAGACCGCUGAAUGUAAAGGACGCGCUGUCAUAUUUAGAGCAGGUCAAAUUCCAAUUCAACAACAGACCCGACGUCUACAAUCACUUUUUGGACAUCAUGAAAGAUUUCAAGUCUCAGGCUAUUGAUACGCCGGGCGUCAUCGAGAGAGUCUCGAAUCUUUUUCAGGGUUACCCCAACCUAAUACAGGGCUUUAACACGUUUUUGCCGCAAGGCUACAAGAUCGAAUGCUCGAAGAAUCCCAACGAUCCACAUCCCAUCAAAGUGACCACCCCUUUUGGAUCCUCCAAGGAGAUGGGUAUGGGACAUCUCGGCAUUAUUGACAACACCUCGCCCGAGAGCCCUCACAGAAAUCAUGUCCUUCCCCAGCAAACUGAGAUAACUACGAACGAGGAAAAACUUCAGGAAUCGAAGCGUGACUUCAACCAAGUUGAGCAACAAGCUCAAGCGACUCUUCACCAUGUCCCGGAACAAAAUGAGCGGCUCGCGCAAAACAAUCAGCAUGUACCCUUGCAGUCGCAGCAACAACUGCAGCCUCUUACGGCUCCACAGCAACCUCAGUAUGCAAUUGAUCGGAAGAAUGGUGAUGUGGAAUUUAGUCAUGCAAUCAGCUAUGUCAACAAAAUCAAGACCAGGUUUGCAGAUCAACCCGACAUUUACAAACACUUUCUGGAAAUCUUGCAAACAUAUCAGAGAGAGCAAAAGCCAAUCCAUGAAGUAUACGCUCAAGUGACUGUGUUGUUCCAGCAUGCUCCUGAUCUUUUGAAUGACUUCAAAAAAUUUUUACCAGAUGCAACAGCUGCCCAAGAGCAUCAACAGCAGCAGCAGCAGCAGCAGCAGCAACAACAACAGCAGCAGCAGCAAUUGCAAGUGCAACAGCAGCAUCCGCAUGCGACUUCCAUUAAUGGCGGCGGAGGACCCUUUUAUCCACAACAAGGUGUCGCUCAUCAAAAUCUGCCACCUUUAGGAAGCUUUUCCCCACCAAUUAAUGGUCGUGAAGGCGAGCAACAUCAAGUCAGCCUACCUGCUGUUCAACAUCCGAGUGUUGAUAUCACUUCCAAUCAAGCUGGCCCAACUCCACAACACAUUGUUACACAAGGAAUUUCUAAUAAUGGUGUCCCCGUUUCAGAGCUGAGAAGUACAAUGGACGGUGUUUACCCACCACAUGCUGUGCAUUCACAAGAAAUACAAUAUAACGAGCCCAUUUCACGCCCAGAAAUUGAUUUAGAUCCUAGUCUGGUGCCUGUAAUACCUGAACCCAUCAAGCCCAUAGAGAGUGACAUGAACUUGUUGGAAGAAACAUCUUUCUUCGACAAAGCCAAGAAAUUCAUAGGAAACAAACAAGUUUAUACCGAGUUCCUGAAAAUUCUAAAUUUAUAUUCUCAGGAUUUAUUGGAUAUCGAUGACCUGGUAAGUAAGGUCGAAUAUUACUUGGGUGGAAACAAGGAAUUGUUUGAUUGGUUCAAAAGCUUUGUUGGAUUUGUCGAAAGACCAAAGCACAUCGAAAAUAUCGUACAUGAAAAGCACAGAUUGGAUCUUGACCUCUGUGAAGCCUGUGGUCCUAGUUAUAAGAAACUCCCCAAGACAGAUACUUUCAUGCCUUGCUCGGGCCGGGAUGAGAUGUGCUGGGAAGUGCUUAAUGACGAAUGGGUAGGCCACCCUGUAUGGGCGUCCGAAGAUUCUGGAUUCAUUGCACAUCGUAAAAAUCAGUAUGAAGAAACUUUGUUCAAAAUAGAAGAAGAAAGGCACGAAUAUGAUUUCUAUAUUGAAGCAAACUUAAGGACCAUUCAAACUUUGGAAACCAUUGCUAAUAAGAUAGCAAACAUGACUUCUGAAGAGAAGGCCUCAUUCAAACUUCCUCCGGGAUUGGGUCAUACUUCUGUAACAAUCUACAAAAAAGUUAUAAGAAAGGUUUAUGACAAAGAUAGAGGGUUUGAAAUCAUUGAUGCCUUACAUGAAAAUCCGGCAGUGUCUGUGCCCAUUGUUUUGAAGAGGCUUAAGCAGAAAGAUGAAGAAUGGCGGAGAGCACAAAGGGAAUGGAAUAAGGUUUGGAGAGAAUUAGAACAAAAAGUAUUUUUCAAAUCUCUUGAUCACUUAGGGUUGACAUUUAAGCAGGCUGAUAAGAAGUUACUGACAGCCAAGCAAUUGAUAUCUGAAAUUAGUAGCAUUAAGGUUGAUCAAUCGAAUAAGAGGGUUUAUCCUUUAACACCUAAACCCAAGAGUCAGCUAGACUAUAUUUUCUCUGACAGAGAUGUGCUAUAUGACGUUUUAGGGCUUGUGAAUAUUUUCAUUGAACACAAUGCAACCUACUCUAAUUCAGACAAAGAUAAACUCCUGGAAUUCUUCAAGGCCUUCUUGUCACUAUUUUUUUCCUAUUCGUCUCAAGAUGUGGAGUCCGCCCUUGUCAAGAGAGUUAGUAAGACUCAGAGUAAUGGUAAUGAUAAAGCUCUUAUUCAAGACGAAAACGGCUCGGGGAAGAGGGCACGAGAGGCGGAGAUUUCCUUCAAAGAUAUCUUAACAAACCGAAACAAACAUCAUAAGAGUAGGCAAUCCGCAGCAGAUGAUGAAACUGGGUCUGCCGAUCAGGAUUCCGACAGAAAUAAUGAACAAAAUGAAGAAGAAGAAAUAAUUAGGCAAGAGGCGAAAAAACCAUGGCUUCUAGGAAAUAUUUUGAAUGAGUCUGAUGAUCAUGGGAUUAUCGCGAACAGGAAGAGCUUUAACUUGUUUGCUAACACGAACAUUUAUGUCUUUUUCCGACACCUGACAACUUUGUAUGAACGACUAUUGGAAGUGAAGGAAAUGAAUGAUGCAGUUACAGACGAAAUAAAAAGCAGGCGGACGGUUCAAUUUGCUAAGGACCUCAAUUUGAUCUCCACUCAAUUGGCCGAAAUGGGUCUGGACUUUUCUGGCACUAAUGCAUAUGACCAGCUGCUUGGUCUCUGCAAGAGAUUGAUUGAGAAUGACAUUGAGCAUCAAUGGUUCGAAGAAAGCCUUCGUCAAGCCUAUAAGAACAAAGCUUUCAAGAUCUACACAGUCGAUAAGGUUGUCCAGGCUUUGGUCAAACAUGCCCACACUAUCAUGACAGAUUCUAAAACCGCCGAAAUAAUGAUGUUAUUCGAGAAAGAUAGAAAGUUAACCACGACUAGUGCAAAAGAACAGAUUUUGUAUCGUCUUCAAGUAAGGUCGUACAUGGGUAUCGCAGAGAAUAUGUUUCGCAUUGAAUUCAAUAAAGGCACUAACCAUGUCUGUAUUCAGUUUGUCGCAGUGGACGAUUUGACUUUGAAGGAGCCCGAAUCACUUCAAGACAGAUGGAAGUACUAUAUCACUUCCUAUGCAUUAUCGCACCCAACUGAGGGCAUCCAUCAUGAAGACAUUCAAGUACCGUUUUUGGAGAAAAUUAUCAAAGAAGACCAAGAAGUAGACGACGAUACUGAGAGAUAUUCUCCGAAAGGGGUUGCCAUCAGUAAAUUGAAGAUAAAUGUAAAUCCUGAGACAUACGCACUUCAGAUUGAGCCAAACUCUCAGGAUUUAUUCAGCAGGAGUUCAAUCAAUAAAUUCCCUAUUCGUACGGGUGAUCAAGCAUUGGAAGCAAAGAAGGAGGAGAAGAAAAAACUCACCACAUCAUUUUUAGAAGGUAAAAAUGGAUGGAGAAAGGGCUUGAAAAUAGAUGGUGAUCAGAAGGGCCAAGAGAUUUUCGACUUUGUCAAAGCUCAUGGAUCCCUUGAAAACUUCACUUCGAGUAGCGAUGACAAGUCUGCUGAGAAGCAAGUAUUAAAGAAAGUUGAUAGUGUCUCCGAACCCAAUGGCUCUGUUAUUCAAAGGGAAAAUGAAUUACAAGGCGAAGACACUACCACAGAGGAUGUUGGAGGAAGUGACUAG